AGGAGGGGAUGGGCCGCGCUGACGGCACCGAGCCCGGCUUGCGUGUUGGCGGCAGGAACCGCUUCCCCUCAGAGCGAGUUUCCCCCGCCGCCGGGGUCGGGGCUGAGGCGGAGCCGCCCCGCUGUAAUUGAACCCCGGGGUGAGGAGGGAGGGACGGAGGGAGGGACCGUGGGGGCUCCUUCUCUGCUUUGUGUCCAGGUGGCGAGGCCGAGGGGCGGCCAUGGGGGUGCAGGACCGGCCCCAGUGCUUCUUCGAGAUAGAGAUCAACAGGGAGCCAGUUGGUCGAAUUAUGUUUCAGCUCUUCUCAGACAUUUGUCCGAAGACUUGUAAAAACUUCCUCUGCCUGUGCUCGGGUGAAAAAGGAAUUGGCAAAACAACUGGAAAGAAGCUGUGCUACAAAGGCACCACAUUCCACCGUGUGGUUAAAAACUUCAUGAUUCAGGGUGGGGACUUCAGCGAAGGUAAUGGAAAAGGAGGUGAAUCUAUUUAUGGUGGCUAUUUUAAAGAUGAAAACUUUAUUCUCAAACAUGACAGAGCGUUCCUUUUGUCAAUGGCAAACCGAGGGAAACAUACCAAUGGUUCCCAAUUUUUCAUAACAACAAAACCUGCUCCUCAUCUUGAUGGUGUGCACGUUGUCUUUGGACUGGUUAUUUCUGGGUUUGAGGUCAUAGAACAGAUAGAAAAUCUCAAAACCGAUACCGCGAGCAGGCCCUACGCAGACGUCCGGGUCAUUGACUGCGGGGUGCUGGUCACCAGGUCAGCUAAAGAUGCUUUGGAGAAGAAGAAGAAAGUUUGCUCUGACUCAGAGGCCUCAGAGUCCUCCUCCAGUGCAUCCAGCUCUUCAGAAUCCUCAUCUGAGAGUGAGGCUGAGAAUGAGAGGAGCAGGAGGAGAAAGAGGAAAAGGAGAGCUAAAACCAAACAGUGCAGGAAACGAAGGAAGGAGGAGAGGAAGAAGGAGGAUCCAAGGUGCAAGCGAACCUCAAGCCAAAGACGCCUUUCUGACAAGAGCGAUGUCGCAGACAAAGUCGACUUUAGCACAAAGCGGGACAAGCCCGUGGUACGUCCUGAAGAAAUCCCCCCAGUGCCUGAAAACAGAUUUUUGCUCAGAAGAGAUGUGCCUGUUGUCAAUGUAGAGCCUGAACCGAAACUUCUUGAUGCUGCUCCAGUUCUGACUGACCAGAAACCAUCAGUCUCUAAAUCUGGACGAAAAAUUAAAGGAAGAGGCACAAUACGCUAUCACACCCCGCCGCGCUCCCGCUCCUGCUCCGAGUCCGACGACGACGAGAGCAGCGAGACCCCUCCCCACUGGAAGGAGGAGAUGCAGAGGCUGCGCACGUACCGAGCGCCCAGCGGGGAGAAGUGGAGCAAAGGAGACAAGUUGAGUGACCCCUGUACAAGCAGAUGGGAUGAGAGAAGUGCGUCCCGGAGAUCCAGGUCUUGGUCCCAUAAUGGUUAUGCUGAUCUAAGCACUGUGAGAUACUCCAGCCAUCACAAGAAGCACAGGAAAGAGAAGAAGAAGGUGAAGCAUAAAAAGAAAUCUAAAAAACAGAAGCAUUUCAAGAAGCACAAGCAAACAAAGAAAAAGAAAACAUCAGCCUCGUCAGAUGUAGAAUCCUCUCAUUCCUUCCACAGGAGGACAAAAUCGUCUUGUGAUCGUGAGAGGAAAUCUCGUUCUUCCUCAUUGUCUUCCAGGCGUUCAUCCAGGAGAGACUGGUCUAGAUCUGAUAAGGAAGACCAGAGCUUGUCAUCUUUAUCAAGCAGAGGGUCUCGAUCGUACUACAGGUCCAGAUCCAGGUCUAGGUCUAAAUCAAGAUCUUACUCCAGAAGAAGUUCUAGAUCAAGAUCAGCCUCUAAAUCAUCGCGAUCUCGAAGUAGGUCACGGUCGAGUUCUAACCCCAGGCAGCAAAAGACUGUUCCCAACUCUCCACGAAAUGUUUCAGCACGGUUAAAUGACACUAAAUUGGCCAAGACUGCUGAGCCUGUCCGAGCAGUGAUACUGCCCAGUGACAAGGUCAUCGUGCCACCAGUUGUCCCAGAAAACCUCCCUGUCAUACCCUUAAGUGACAGCCCCCCACCUUCAAGGUGGAAACCUGGGCAGAAACCCUGGAAGCCAUCGUAUGAGCGAAUUCAGGAGAUGAAAGCUAAAACAACCCACUUAAUUCCCACCCAAACCAAUUACAAUUUAGCAGUCGUCAAGGAGGCCAACACUUCCUCCUCCUAUCGCAAGCAGGAGAGGAGCUCCGGGAGCGACCGGAGCGCUUAUUCCAAAGGCCGCAGUGACAGGAGCUCAGAGAGCUGGCAGAGGUCCAGGAGCAGGUCCUCCCGAAGCCGUUCCUACUCUAGAUCUUACUCAAGGUCCAGAAGCCCAUCGAGCUCCAGGACAAAAUCCCCUUCUUCUGGCAGGUCACCGUCCCCGAGUAAAUACCGCAGUGACAGGUCGGGGUACAGCGAGUCCACGUCCGACUAUUCCCUCAGCGACGAGGACAGGCACAGGAACAAAAGGAAAUCCACAUCCAGCGACCCCAGAGCUCGGAGCCUCAAACUGAGGCAGGAAACGAGCUCUGAAAGCACUUUGCCUUACAAGCAUCCAAAGGACUACGAUGAGUCUUCCCAAGGGUUGAAGGAGAGUGACAGUCUGUCAUCCUCAGACUUCUCCUCCGACAGCGAGCGCUCUGCCAAAGCCAAAGCGGUCCAAGAAAAAGAAGGCCACUUUCCAUUAGAAGGGGAUGCUGAGAAACAGGAUAAAAAUAGCUUAAGUUCUGAGAGAAGGGAGGAGAAAGCCAAGAGUGAGCGGGAUUCUGAUCACUCUAAGAAGAAAGCAGCUAAGGAGAAAUGCUUGGAGCAACCCAGAGGUGGUGCAAAAACGAAACGCAAAUCCUACUCAGGUAGCAAAUGGGACUCGGAGUCGAAUUCUGAAAGAGGAGAGGCAAAGCAUAAUAGGGGAGAUUCCAGACCCUCCUCUGGGAAAGAAGAAGGAGAGGCCACCUCAGGGUCUGACACGGAGCUUAGUGUUACCAAAAGGAUAAAAAAACAAUCCAAUUCCUCAGAGGGCUUUUUGGGUUCUGACUGCACGUGGAAGACAAGCAAACAGUUGUCAUCUUCUGAAUCGGAGAGUUCUUGUUCCAGCUCAGCAGACACUCGAGGCAAGUUGAAAAAACACAAACAUGGUUUGAAAAAGACUCCUAAAAAAUCACAUUCCAAAAAAACAAAGGAAAAAUCGAAAGGCAAAAAGGAGAAAAAACACAAAGUCCAGAAAAGAAAAGAAAUGUUUCAUUGGCAGCCCCCCCUUGAGUUUGGGGAAGAAGAGGACGAUGAGAUAAAUGAAAAGCUGGUUACCAAGGAUGAUAAAAAAGAAAAGCAGCUUAGCAGGGAUGUAAAGGAUAAAAAACAAGUUUAUGAAAAGGAUGAAAUAAUCACAGAUAAAAUGGGAAAUGGUGAAAAGUCGUGUGUGAAUGAAAACCUUUUAGAUAAAAACACCACAUGUGAGGCCUCACCGGAUCGCAGCAACCUUAAUAAAGAGCCCAUUGAAACAAGCGCUUCAACUGGUAUUUUAAACUCAGGAAUAAACGUGGCUGCCUGCAAGAGUGAGAUGAAACAAGCUGAAGAAAAUAACCAGAAUGGGCUGGAAGAUGUUAUUCAGACAGAUGACAACAUGGAGAUUUGUACUCCGGAUCGUAACUCGCCAGGGAAGGUGGAUGUGGAUGUUUUGUCUCCUGUCAUUCUCACUGCUAAACCUUUAAGUGCUGAUGUAAAAAAAGAGUUACAGGCUGAGACCCCUGAGCAAGAUGUUGUCAAACUGGGAAACAACAUUAGAGACUUUAUUAAUAUUAAAGAAGAAAAAGAAACAGGAAGGCAAGAGAAUAACUCUGUCCCUGUGUCUGGUGCUAAAGACUGUAGUUUAAAAAGUGAAAAUUCUGAAAAUACGCCAAGCAAUAUGAUAGACAAUAAAUGGAAGCCUUUGCAAGGUGUUGGUAACUUAAAACCAGCAGCAAUUACCACGACCACAGAAGUUAAAAAUGUAGCAACAGCACCAGAACCUAAGCCAGCAGGUUUAAGAAUCGAAAUAAAAGCAAAAAAUAAAGUAAGGCCUGGGUCUCUUUUUGAUGAAGUGAGGAAAACCGCCCGGCUAAAUCGUCGGCCAAGGAACCAGGAAAGUUCCAGUGAGGAGGAAUCUCCAAGCAGAGAUGACAACAGCCCUUCCAGGAGUCUCAGCAGGUCACGAAGUAAAUCUGAGUCUAAAUCCAGACACAGAACAAGGUCCAUGUCCUACAGUCAUUCGAGAAGUCGAUCCCGAAGUUCUACAUACUCAUAUAGGUCCAGGAGCUACUCGAGGAGCCGGAGCCGGGGCUGGUACAGCAGAGACCGCUCCCGGAGCCGCAGCAGCUCCUACCACAGCUACAAGAGCCGUAGCCGGAGCUAUAGCAGGAGCCGAUCCAGGAGCAGUUCCUAUGGUCACCACAGUCGAUCCAGGUCCUACACCUAUGACAGUUACUACAGCCGGAGUCGGAGCAGGAGCAAGAGGAGCGACAGCUACCGGAGAUCUCGGAGUUACGACCGGAGAUCCAGGUCCUACGGCUCCGACAGCGACAGCGAUCGCAGCUACUCCAACAACAGGAGCCCCAGUGGGAGCAGCAGAUACAGCUGAGAAUAUUCCUUUGAGGAUGGAAACUGUAUUCCAGAUUUUUUUCAGUGUUUUACUCAAAAAAAGCUGUUCUGACAGUGUCACAAGUGAAGGUUGUUUGCUGAAUUAGCUGAAACUCUCCCGUUUAACAGUGAACUCAACUCUCUGCUCACAGAGAGAAGGACUGAGCUCAACAGCUGAUGUUAUUUUUUAUUUUUUUUAUGUCAAAUGCAACUUUUACAAAAUAAUAAUAAAAAAAACCCCAGUUUGGUUUCCUUGAA